AUGGGCAUAGAGACGCUUCCUGAUGUCGAGGAAUCGACAGAGCCUCCUAUAUGUGCCCUAAGGGAGUACACUUCAAAUUCACAGGGAACUGCGACCCUAAGCUUUGAGCCCUGUAACGUCAAUGAAAAGCCAACGCGGGCGCCGACCAUUCACAGUCUGCCCUCCAGCGCUGACCUGCACGCAUCACCCGAGCCCUUGCAAAGCCUUGAAGACCAGAUUAGGAAUACCCAUCUUCUGGAGCCAGCUAGAAUCGCUGAGCUCCUACAAACAGACCUCAACCAUGGACUGUCCAAUGCAGAAGCCAACGAGCGCCUCGAGAGAGAUGGACCUAAUUCCGUCCAAGAAGUCAAGGGCAUCGCCAUCUGGGGGAUACUGUUAAGGCAGGUGUCUAACAGCUUGACCAUAGUUCUACUCAUAACCAUGGCCCUGUCCUUCGGAAUCAAUGAUUACAUCGAAGGUGGAGUCAUAACAGCAGUGAUCCUCCUGAACAUCGUUGUGGGCUUCUUUCAAGACUACCGAGCAGAAAAAACCAUCCUGUCGCUGCACCGACUCUCAGCACCAGUAUGCAAAGUCAUCCGAGACGGCCGAGUGAAUACCGUCAAGGCCGAGUCCUUGGUGGUUGGGGACAUAGUACGAUUGGCAGUUGGGGACAUUGUACCCGCAGAUCUACGACUCUUCGAGGGAAUGAACGCUUCCAUGGACGAAGCCCUUCUCACGGGCGAGUCUCUGCCCGUCCUCAAAACACCCAAUACUACACUGGUAUCCCUGGACAUCCCCAUCGGCGAUCGCACAAACAUGGCAUAUUCUGGAUGCAGCACUACUCAGGGUCGUGCAACGGGAGUUGUGGUUGCCACGGGCAUGAAUACGGAGGUCGGAAAAAUUGCACAAUUGCUUCAAGAGAAUGGCCGUUCUUGCGACGGAAGCGCAACUGCGCGGGCAUGGCAGCGUCUUAAGUCCUCAGGAGCGAAGAUCCUAGGCCUGGUUGGUACUCCGUUACAGGUCAAGUUGAGCAAAUUUGCCCUACUGCUGUUCGCUCUUGCGAUUUUACUGGCCAUCAUUGUCUUCUCAGUCAAUCUGUGGGACGUCCAAGGCGAAGUCUUGAUAUACGGAAUCUGUGUAGCGGUGGCCGUGAUUCCGGAAUCAUUGAUCGCAGUGCUUACGAUCACGAUCGCCGUGGGCACAAAGGCUAUGGCUAGGGGAAAUGUCAUUGUGCGAAAACUGCAAUGUUUGGAAGCCGUCGGUGGUGUUACAAAUAUCUGCUCUGAUAAAACUGGAACUUUGACCCAGGGCAAGAUGAUCGCUCGUUCUGCGUGGAUCCCCGGGGCAGGAACAUUGUCGGUUCGCCAGACGACGGAUCCAUAUGACCCGACCAGCGGAGUCGUUCAUUUGGACGAGAUUGAUUGGAAAUCGGAUUACCCUGUCGACCAGCACCCGGCUCUGCAUACCUUUCUCUCUUCUAUUUCACUCUGCAACCUAUCAACGGUGCAUCAUGACAAUAAUGUUUGGACGGCUGUCGGUGAGCCCACCGAGAUAGCCCUGCAUAUCCUUGCCAUGCGCUUCGAUUUUGGCAAGAGCGCCGUGAUGACCCAACGUGGGAUUCAGCUGCAUACCGAGUAUCCCUUUGACUCGGCGAUCAAGAAAAUGACAGUUGUGUAUCGGAAUCCUGUGGAAAAGGCGAAUGAGACCUACACAAAGGGAGCACCUGAAGCGAUUAUUCCCUCGCUGUCGAUUUCCGAUGACCAGCGACGUCUCAUUCGUGAAACUGCGGACAGAAUGGCAGGAGAUGGCCUCCGUGUUCUCUGCAUCGCCUACAAAAGAUCAUCCAUCGACGAUGAUAAAGAAGUAUCCCCACGAAGUGCCGCUGAAUCGAAUUUACAAUUCGGUGGCCUUGUUGGACUUUACGAUCCUCCUCGAAUUGAGACAGCAGCCGCGGUGCGCAAAUGCCAGAUGGCAGGCAUUACAGUCCACAUGUUGACAGGCGAUCAUAUCAAGACAGCAACGGCAAUCGCCUCCGAAGUCGGAAUCCUCGAUCGGGUCGCGGCGAUUGCAAAAUCAAGACAUCUAGUCAUGGCUGCGGAUGAGUUUGACAAGUUGACGGAUGAAGAAGUUGACCAGAUUGAAGAAUUGCCUUUGGUCAUUGCACGUUGUAGUCCUGCAACCAAGGUUCGCAUGGUUGAAGCAAUGCAUCGUCGUCAAGCCUUUUGUGUGAUGACUGGUGAUGGAGUCAACGAUUCACCUGCCCUGAGGAGAGCAGAUGUUGGCAUUGCUAUGGGGAAAAACGGCAGUGACGUGGCCAAAGAGGCUGCUGAUAUGGUUCUCACGGAUGACAACUUUUCGUCAAUUGUCAAGGCAGUUGAAGAGGGACGAAGAUUGUUUGACAAUAUCCAGAAGUUUCUCAUGCAUUUGCUCAUUUCCAACAUUGCGCAAGUGAUUCUGCUUCUCAUCGCUCUCGCAUUCAAGGAUACUGGGGGAGAUUCUGUGUUUCCACUCUCUCCACUUGAGAUUCUCUGGGCAAACUUGGUGACAUCCUCGUUCCUAGCUGUUGGACUAGGUCUCGAGGAGUCUCAACCAGAUAUCAUGUAUCGCCCGCCCCAUGAUCUGCGCGUCGGAGUAUUCACACGCGAGCUCAUCGUUGACAAGAUGAUAUACGGAACCUUCAUGGGUUCCUUAUGCCUAGUCGCAUUCGUGUGUGUCAUCUACGCCGCAGGAACUGGUACCUCAGAUCUAGGUGACGGAUGUAACCAGGGCUACAAUCCAACCUGCGACACUGUCUUCCGAGCACGCGCCACAACAUACGCAACUCUGACUUUCCUUUUACUCGUCACGGCAUGGGAAGUGAAAAAUUUCUCACGAUCCUUAUUCAACAUGGAUCCCAUCCGAUUCCCCCAACGGCUCUCCAUCUUCCCCACGCUCUGGCAAAACCGCUUCUUGUUCUGGGCUGUCUUGGCCGGGUUUGUAAUUGCCUUCCCCGUGAUCUACCUUCCAGUUGUGAACCAGCUUGUUUUCAAGCAUCACGCCAUUACGUGGGAAUGGGGCGUUGUGUUUGGUUGCACGGUGACGUACUUGUUCUGUGUCGAAAGCUGGAAGGCUGUUAAGCGCGCAUUUGGUAUUGGGAGUGGUAAGAAUGCUAUUCUCACUUUGGAAGAUGCGGAGACUCGGGCUGGAUUAAACACACCGACACCAAUGUCGAUGAGUGCCAAUGCAAGUGUGGAGUUGAAGUGA